GUUACGUUGUGGCUACUGUCAAUUCUGACGUUUAGAUAUGUGGAAAUGUAGGGUUAUGUUUUUCUUUUAUUUAUAAAAUAAAUAUUUUAUUACACUUUUAUUUAUAUACGUUAUGUUUAUUAUACAAUGGAUUCUCUAAAGUCACCACACUCAACCUAUAAAAACUCACAAAGUUGGACUGACGACUUGCCAGUUUGUAAGAAUACUGGAAUAGGAUAUUCAACAAACCAAAUUUAUAGAGAGGAUGGAAACCCCCAAGAAGAGCAUACUUAUGAAGACUGCAGUUGUCACUUUAAAUUUAAUGAAGGUUUCUAUUGGUAUGCAGUGUUUGAUGGCCAUGAAGGAAAGAGGGCUGCUGACUUCUGCUGCCAGAGGAUGACUGCUGAGAUCUACUUUUCACAACCAAUGGAAAAUCAGUCUGACGAGGAAGUCAAAGAACUACUGAAUCAAGCUUUUAUGACAGUAGAAAAGGGUUACAUGCAGAGCUUGGAAGAUUUAUUAGCUGAAAGAACAAGUUUGAUGUAUGAUAUACCCGAAGGCCUAACUCAGUAUGAAGCUUAUCAGAAAGUACCACACAUAGUUCAAAAUAUAAACAAAAUAAACAAUGAGUUGUCUUCGGGAUCAGCGACAGCAGUAGCUCUGAUCCAUAAUAAUAAACUGUAUGUAGCAAAUGUUGGUAAUUGUAGAGUUUUGUUGUGCCAAACAGAUCUCAAUGCAGUUCUUAAAGUGGUACAGCUGAGUGUGGAUCACGAUCUGAAAAAUGAAGAUGAACUUCUUCGACUUUCACAACUAGGAAUCAAUUUAAAAAGUCUUAGAAAGAGUACUAGAUUAGGAAACCAAGAAAAUACCCGAUGUUUGGGCAAUUACAUUAUUAAAGAAGGCUAUAGGGAUUUUGAAGACUUAGCUAUGGCAUCAGAGGAACCAAUAAUCGCCCAGCCGGACAUUCACGGAGGAAUCGUCUUGGAUGAAUCAUCAAGGUUUCUCUUACUUAUGUCAGCUGGCCUUUAUAAAUCUAUAGAAGAGGCUACAGGGACAGAUCAAGUCAAUAAAUAUAUCGCUCAAUGUGUUGUUGAACAGUUUCGUGAACAAGCUACAUUAACAGGAGUAGCCCAAGCAGUAGUAGACAAAGCAGUUCGUCUUCACCACGAUUGGUACAUGUCGAAUUCUUUGAACAAUUCAUGUUCUCCAAAACGUGAAGAUAUUACUCUCGUUCUUAGAAAUUUUAACUACCCCUUGCCCAACGCUAUAACAUCACCCACGAAUCCCUCGGUUUCGUUUAAUCCAAUUGUCACCAAAAAUACAAUUUCGGAUAGGUAUAGCUCAGCAUCUAUCGCUACGGUGGGUAGUGGAAACAGUGAUAGUACCACAAUUACCAACAAAACUAGCGACACUUCAAGUAUAGACGUUAAACUUGAUGAUGACAUCGGCUCUGACCAGAAAAUUGAAGCUUAUGUUGACUUCUCUGAUUUUUAUAGGAAUUAUAAUAAGGCAAAGAAAAAUGGAACGUUGCCAGUGGGAUUGGACUUUUAAAUUGACAAACGGCACUUCUUAGGUGAAGUGCCUGUAAUCAUACACGAAUCUUAUUUUUAUCGAACAUCAUCAACAAUUUUGACAAAUUAUUGUUUUAGUCACUCUCAAAUGAAUAAUUGAGCCUAAAUUCGUCCAGUAAUUCAAAAGACGGUGCAAAAAACGUACUUAUUGCGUAAUAUUAUAACCAUAAUGCUGUUUUUAUACUUACCGAGGGUCAAGAGAUCUUACAUUUGGUAGAAGUUUGUUCUGGCUAUUUCCAUACGAGUGAUAUUUAAUUUGAAUGCCCUUUGAUGUUGGCAACAUUAUAUGGAUUCGAUUGUAGUACCAUGGGAAAAAUAAUUUAUUGGUAGCUCAAAUAGCUCAAAGCUAAAUAUCAUGAAGUAAUGAUUAACGUGUUAACUAAGCUAUAGGUUUUAAAAGACUACACCCCUAAUCUGGGUCAAUCCCAAUUUAUAUUAUACUAGUGAUUUUACCUGUCGCCAUGCGAUCGGGGAUACAAUCAAUUGCCCUCUACAGUUACUGCACUCAAUUUUUUUUUACUGCCUUCUAUUUUAUCGUAUCUCUCUCCAAUUUAUUCUGACCUACUGUAAUUUUUUCUGACCCCUCCAUUUUUUUCUGACACCUUCCUAUUGUUCUUGCACCCUCUAAUUUCUUCGGAAACCCUCCAAUUUUUUCUCACAUCCUCGAAUUUUUACUGAUCAGCAUUAACAUUCUCUUCUCAGUAAGCAAGUAACACACAUAUUUCUCAUUAAAAUAGGAAGUGGUUGAAUGCUAAUUGGAAUAUUUCUUAUUGUUUAUGCAAUACGAUGCCUCGUGUAUCCAAUUUAUUGUUAUGAAAACAAAUUCAGAUCUUUACUGAUCCAGCUGCGUAAAUAUUUGAAAUUAUAUCAAUUAAAAGAAGAAACAUACCAAUAUAGUUAUUUUCCUAACAAGUGCAGAAAGUCAUUCUUUUCCGCACGCGACUGCAGUUUGCCGAACGACGCGAAGCGGGAGUUCGGCAAGCAGUCGAGUGCGGAAAAGAGAUUUUCUGCAAGAGUUAGGAACAAUAUUUUUUCUAAGAGUCUUUAAAGAAUUACCAAAUCUUAAUCAAUUAAUUUAAUUAAUAUGAAAAUACAUACACAAAUUAAUUCUUUGACAAGGAUGUCAAAACCAAACUUUCAAUAUAAUUAGUUAGCAUGACGACGAUCUUGGUUUCCAUGACAAUGAUUCAAAACGACUGUUAUUGUCUACCGAUUUGACUUUCGAAUAUUAUGUCAAAAUAAUUUUAUUUCAUCAAAUUGUCGCGUUAAUUUCAUUAAAACAGGAACACAAUAAGAUAUAUUUGAAAUAAAUUAGUAAAUAAUAUCUAAAUAUUAGUUUAUUGCAUGUAUUAUAUUUACUUUAAGGCCAUAUUAACAUAUCUAAAUUAACACGCGUGCGGAAAAGUAAAAACCGCGUGCGGAAAAGUAACACGCGUGCGGAAAAGUAACACGCGUGCGGAAAAGUGAAACUUUCUAAACUAAAAUGCGUGCGCGAAAGGAGACAUUUUUGCACGCUCGUAGAAAAAAUAUUAUACAAACCGUCGAAAACAUCUACUCCCAUAAUGGAAAACUAACACAGUUUAUACCAGUACAAAGCGGAGUCAGACAAGGUGACUCGUUAAGCCCACUUCUCUUUAAUAUAAUAAUGGACGAAAUAAUAGAAGCAGUACGUCAAGGUCAUGGUUACAGAAUGGGGAACAAAGAAAUACAAAUAUUAUGUUAUGCAGGCGACGCCGCGUUAAUCGCCGAGACAGAAGACGAUCUCCAAAGAUUAACACACAUAUUCAAUACAACAGCUAAGAAAUACAAUAUGAUAAUAUUAGCAGAAAAAAUCAAAUGUAUGACAACAUCUAAAUACCCACUACGAUGUAAAAUCGUAAUUGAUGGGAAAAUAAUAAAGCAGGAAGCAAGGUUUAGGUAUCUGGGAAUAGAUAUAACCAGUUACGGAGAUGUUGAAGAGGAAGUACGACAACAAAGCUUAAAAGCAAGUAAAGCGGCGGGAUCUCUUAAUGACACAAUGUGGAAGAACAAACACCUAAGACAAGAAACAAAAGCAAGAAUCUAUAAAGCAGCAAUUAGACUUAUAUUGACAUACACGGCGGAGACAAGACCUGAUACAUCUAAAACGAGACGACUACUAGAAACAACAGAGAUGAAAAUACUUCGACGAAUAUCAGGGAAAAGUCUGUUGGAUAGGGAGAGAAGCGAAAACAUAAGAAGAUCAUGCAAUGUAGAAGACAUAAAUGGAUGGGUGACAAAACAGAAACAGGAGUGGAACCAACACAUUAGUAGAAUGGCAGAGAAUAGGAUAGUACGAAUAGCACGAAAUAAGUCACCAAAUGGACGAAGAAGUAUGGGUAGACCAAGAAAAAGAUGGUGCGAUAAUUUAAACAAUUUAGGAGGAUAAUAUUGAAGAAGAAACAGGCUUUAAAGCCUACAUACAAGAAGAAAGAAGAAGAAUAUCAAUUAUGUCUCGUAUAAAUUGGUGUGAAUAGGUUGAUUUGGAUUAUAUUACCAAAAUCUUUGUUCUCGGUAUUUUUGAUGAAGAAAUUGUAUUGAAUUGUAGUGAAUUUCUGCAUUUGUUGCUUUAUUUCUGCAUUGUUGCCCAGCUUUGUCGUCGAAUCCUGAAGUUAUCUUAUACCAACUACGUUACUAAUGAGGACGUCUUAUUGAGAAUACUAAAAGAAAAAGAGCUGUUAAUCACAAUAAAAACAGCCAAAAACGAAUACCUACGAAACGGAUUAGCACUACAAGAAGAAGUUUCUGCAAGUAUUUAGAACUUUUCAUUUCAACUUUUCAUUUUCAUUAUGUUCUCGUCUUGGUGGUUCUAAAGGAAGAGCUGUCAGUCUCACUUCGAAGUAAGUAGUUGACUAGGUUCAUUGUCCGAGGGGAACACUAACCAGAAAAUACAAGGUGAUUCAGUGAAACGGUACAAUUUGACAAGGCUGCUGACGAUAAAAUGGAGGAGUCGUGGCCUUGCGAUGUAAACGUUGUGAAUCUAGAGAGUGGGAAGUUUAGUUAUCAUGAAGACGUGGUUGGAUGAACAACGCGUAUUUGCUGUGAAAGCUUAUUACAAAAAUGGUGAAAGUUUUGUGCGUGUACAACAAGCAUUUCGUUUACACUACCAUUUGCCGCCCCGCGCUGCAGUUUCUUCUAACAUGGCUAUUAAGACGUGGGUUAGGAACUUUGAAAGUAGUGGUUCAAUAUCACAGAAAAGAGGUGGCAGUGUCAUAACUGCUCGCACACUAGAGAAUAUUAAAACGGCGCCAAAUUCAUUACAUGCGAGUCGUCGCGGGAUCUUCGAGCACUCGCGUGUAAUAAAUUUGGCACCGCUUUGAUAUUCUGUGGUGUGCGAGCAGUUCUGAUACUGUCACCUCUUUUUUAUGUUGAACCACUACUUUUAAAGUUACUAACCCAAGUCUUGGUCUUGUGAACGGGACAGCAAAUGGUAGUUGUACACGCACAAAACUUUCACCAUUUUUAUAAUAAGCUUUCACAGCAAAUGCGCGUUGGUCACAAGACCACUCCUCCAUGAUAAAUAAACUUCCCACUCUCUAGAUUCACAACGUGUACGUCGCAAGCCCGCGGCUUCUCUACUUUAUCGUCAGCAGCGUUGUCAAAUCGUACCAUUUCACUGAAUCACCCUUUAUUUCAAACUUAGGUGGAGUGAGUGUAAAAUCCAAAAUGGAUUUUUAACUGGAAUGAGCGCAUGAAUCGAAUCGACAGAUUAACGGGAAGUACGGUGAGAGAUCGGGUUUCGCGACCCACUAACUCUCAUCGAAUGAUCCCUCCCGGAAUGCGUUAAAACACUAGUAACCCCAAUCAUACAAUAACUGUGUCAUUAGCAAAGCAAAGGAAGAUUUUUCAUUUUGAGGACAGCUUUUAAAUUGUAGUUAAUUCCUUCUUUCUUCUUAAGGUGCCAUCUUCUUUCGAAGGUUGGCGAGCAUCAUGACUAUUUGUAUUAUGUUUACAGCUGCUCUAGAAAGCAAUUUAGAUGAGCAAUUAAACCACCCUGAGAUUGCGUAGCCACGACAUUCGUCGCCUUCCAACGCUACACUUUCCUUAAAUCUUUCCCUGUAUGAUAUCCUGCAGAAGCUGUAUUUUUUCCUCUUUUCACGUGGCCAAGGUAUUGUAGUUUUCGUAUCUUUAUUUCAUUAUUUAGUUCUGAUUCUUGUGAAAGUCUUCCCAGUCAGAGUUAAUGAAGACAUUGAUCAAAAUAUCUUUGUGUUAAACUUCAUGUUACGAUCAUGUCGUGUGCGAUUUUAUGUAUAAAACGAUACUUGAUUAUAUUUUACCAAUUUUAUUAGAAGUACCUAUUCGAGGUGUGCAAGUACUUGGAAGGGGAAACGAGAAACGACCCUGCGUGAGUCGCGGAGAAAUAUUGCAACUAUCUUAAAUAAUUCAUAUUGUCAAUUGAAAUUGUCCAAUUGACGUAUAUUUCAUACCUUCUGUCAAUGAAGCAGAAAAAUUAUAUAUUGAUCCACAAUAUUGAUAUGAUAUGCAAUUAUUAUAUAAAGGUAAAUUUAAUUAAUUGUAUUUUGAGUGCAGUACUGCAUUUUAAUAACUAAUUUUAUUUACUACAUACAAUUGUUCACGUUUUCAUAACAUAACCUGAAUCUUAUUUUUUCUUCUUACUAUUUUUUUGGACUAUGGCCUUGACAAUUACCCAGUAACCAGGACUAAUAUAAUUGGCCAAUAUAAUUAAAAGUGCGAAUAAAAGUACAGAGCGUAGAAAUAGGGGUCGCUUUGCCGAACUUGCACGGUCCCAAUACUAGAUAAGCAAAUUUUGUGAUUGAUAAAUUAUUGUUUUUGAUAAUUUUUCAGACUCUGAAAACAAGAAAUAAUUAAGAUAUAUGUAAUAAUCAAGAAAUCAUAACCCAUUUUCGAUUUUAUUGAAAACUAUUUUAACUACUUUUUAAAUUAAAAAAUUUAAAUAAU